AUGCAAGAUCAAGAAACCGAAACAAGACUAGCACCCAGCUUUUUAGUAUCGGUACCACAGCUACAAGAUCCACAUUUUGAGCGAGCUGUCGUCUAUUUAAUUACCCAUGGAGAAGAAGGAGCCUUUGGCUUGACGAUUAAUCGUCCUGGACAGCUAACAUUACCAGAAGUUUGUUCCGAGUUUGGAUUUACAUCUACUAGUGAUGCUGGUGUCUUUCAAGGUGGACCUGUUGAUCCUAACCGUGGCUUUUUAUUGCAUAGUGGUGGAGAUGCUCUUGAGGGAUCCGAAACCAUCGAAACAGGUAUUCAUAUUAGCGGACUGCCUGAAACCCUAAAACAGGUUUGUAACGGCCAGAUCCAAUUUCGUCUCUUUCUCGGCUACUCUGGAUGGGCUCCUGGUCAACUCGAUCAAGAAUUAGGGCAAGGAGCUUGGUUAACGGUACCUUCUGAUCCUCAGCAUAUCUUUGAAACAUCACCAGAUAACGUCUGGGAUCAAGUUUUAAGAGGUGUUGGUAUUGACCCUGGUAUGAUUAUGGCUAGCCAAACAG